GAAAAAGGUAGUGAGGGUCAAUUAGAGACAAGUGUGUAUUUAUGUGGCAGGACUGAAACUUGGAGGCUGAUUUUUGCGGUCCUUAUUUCUACGAUUUUAUUUUAGUAUUAUUUUCGUCAUUACUAUAAUUUGUCAAGACGAAUCCCGGUGCGGGUCUGCUCUGUUCACGUGAAGUUUAAAAACAUUAUAUAGCCACUACACCUUCUAUUUAUUAUUAUUAUUACGAGUCAAGCUGCGCGCUGCAUCUGCUUAACGUCACGGUUCUUGUCUUACUGCACCGGGACCACUCGAAUCACUUUCCCGUCCACCGUCUUUUCCUCUUGGGAUUGCUUUUGACGUGGAUCCAUCAUCGCUUGGAACCCAACAUGAAACUGGGCUUGGUGGUCGAGGCUGCUGUGGCUCUUUAUCUGCUGCUCUCACCUGCACAGAGUCUGCCCACACCAGGCAUCAACAGCACUACCAAUGCCAUGCCCACAGUGUUGCUGUUCCAAGAGGUGUGGGCUCGAAGCCUGUGUCGAACCAUUGAGAAGCUGGUGGAGGUGGUGCAGGAGUACCCGUCAGAGGUGGAGCACAUCUACAGCCCCGCCUGCGUGCCUCUGGUGAGGUGUGCGGGCUGCUGUGGGGACGAGAAGCUUGAGUGCCACCCCACCCUCACCACUAAUGUGACAAUGCAGCUGUUGAAAAUCAGGCCAGCAGAGCUUGGAGAGGAAUAUGUUGAAAUGACCUUUGUGGAGCAUCAGACAUGUGAAUGUAGAGUCAAAAACCCUGUUGUCAAGAUUGAAAGAAAAAGGCAAAGAGGGAAAGGACGGCGGAGAAAGGAGAAACAAAAAAUGAAAGACUGUGACAGGUGCCAGAUCCCUCGAAGGUAACUGCAGCAGCCAGCCAAAGCCCUGUUGCAGUGCGGCUCACUAUUUAUUUAUUUCCAGCCCAGUGACAGCGUCAAGAGUCUCUUUUCGCUCUUCUUUCAAUACCGAGUAUGCAGCCAGAGACUCCAAACGGCUGGGUUGUUGUGAAGACACGCCCGUCUGGUGAUGAGCGCAGUGUUUGUGAUGACAAGGUUCAACAGAAAAUGUGUUUUAAUUGGUGGAAAGUCUGUUGUUACACGGCUGACACAAUGGACACACAUCUGGGAGCCAAGUGCAAUGUAGGCCCAAACAGACUGAUUACACUAGUUACUAUCACUGUAUCGGGUAUGGUAAUUGGUACAUUUCUUUGGUAUUAAAGAUUCUUACUCAUGUUUAACAUCUGUAUUUAUUGACAGAAACAGCAGAAUAAAAAGGGACCAAAAGGUUGUUUCUUUCAGCAACAGCAACAAAAAAACCCUGCCUUCCCUCAUAAUUGAAGUGAAAUGUCUCCCUCUAGUGUCUGGAUGGAAAAAACAAUUGUCAGUACUGUUGGAUGACAUGCACUACACAGCACGGUGAGAUACAGUAGAGUAUUGCAUUUUCUUUUUAGUCUACACAGUAAAGUUUUAAAAGAACCUUGUGCAAGAGUUAAAAAUGUUCUGAUUUUGUGACUGGACCAUUAGUUCAGUCCUAAAAAUGACAAGUAUUUAUCAGUGAUUUUUAUGAACCAAAGCAAUGUCCCAAGAUCAUUUUUAUA